CUCGGCUUGAAGCUUCCCGUUCAACUGUCUUUGUUCCAUGACUGAUCUCUUACCUUGAUCCGUCGGUUAAUUUAUUGAUUGGCCAUUUGAUCCUUUGCCGACUGUAGCUCUUGCUGGCGACGACUGCAGCUUGGAAUCACUCUCAACUGCUCUCUCUCUCUCUCUCCUCCAUCCCACACUCACCCUCAUCCUCACCCUCACACAUACACACACAAUAUGCCUUCCACCGCUCUCCGGAUACGCACCCUCCGGGCCUUUGCCCGCAAUGGCACCAACCCCACUGCCGUCCUCUCCAGGUCCUUCUCGGCCACCUCCCGCCGCGCUGAGAUCAACAAGGUCUACCCCUCGGCUUCCGAGGCCCUCAAGGACAUGAAGUCCAACAGCACCCUUCUCUGCGGUGGCUUCGGCCUCUGCGGUGUCCCCGACACCCUCAUCAACGAGGUCGUCAAGAAGCCCGAGAUCACCGGCAUCACCGCCGUGUCCAACAACGCCGGCACCGACACCUCCGGCCUCGGACAGCUGCUCAAGACCAAGCAGAUCAGCAAGAUGAUUGCCUCGUACAUUGGCGAGAACAAGACCUUUGAGAAGAUGUACCUCACCGGCGAGGUCGAGCUCGAGCUGACUCCCCAAGGCACCCUCGCCGAGCGAUGCGCCGCUGGUGGCAAGGGCGUUCCCGCCUUCUACACCCCCGCCGCCUAUGGCACCGUCGUCCAGACCGGCGAGCUUCCUCUGCGCAACAAGGCUGACGGCUCUGCCGCCGAGUUCUCGUACCCCAAGGACGUCAAGGUCUUCAACGGCAAGUCUUACCUCCUCGAGCACAGCAUCGCCGGCGACUACGCCUUCGUCAAGGCCUACAAGGCCGACAAGCUGGGCAACUGCCAGUUCCGCCUCUCGGCCCACAACUUCAACGGCGCCAUGGGCCGCAACGCCAAGAUGACCAUUGUCGAGGCCGAGCACAUUGUCGAGCCCGGCGAGAUCCCCCCGGAGGCCGUCCACCUGCCCGGCAUCUACGUCAAGCGUGUCAUCCAGGCCACCGAGGAGAAGAACAUUGAGAAGUACACCUGGGCCAAGGACGAGAACGACGCCGACGCCGCAAAGGCCCUGGGCACCGGCGACACUGCCGCCAAGCGCGAGCGCAUCGUCCGCCGCGCCGCCAAGGAGUUCAAGAACGGCAUGUACGCCAACCUGGGCAUCGGCAUGCCCAUGCUGGCUCCCGGCUUCGUCGGCCCCGAGGUCGAGGUCCAGCUGCAGUCCGAGAACGGCAUCCUCGGCCUCGGCCCCUACCCCCGCAAGGGCGAUGAGGACGCCGAUCUGAUCAACGCCGGCAAGGAGACCGUCACCCUCAAGCCCGGCGCCGCCGUCUUCGGCAGCGAGGAGAGCUUCGGCAUGAUCCGCAGCGGCCGCAUUGACCUGACCAUCCUCGGAGCCAUGCAGGUCAGCGCCAGUGGCGACCUGGCGAACUGGAUGCUUCCCGGGAAGGUCAAGGGCUUUGGCGGCGCCAUGGACCUGGUCAGCAACCCCAGCAAGACCAAGGUCGUGGUGACCAUGGAGCACACCGACAAGAAGGGCAACCCCAAGAUUGUGAAGCAGUGUGCUUUCCCCUUGACCGGCCGCACCUGUGUCUCGCGAAUCAUCACCGAGCUCGGUGUCUUUGACGUCGACUUCGCUCACGGCCUGACUUUGAUUGAGAUCGCCGACGGCGUCACCGUCGACGAGAUCAAGGCCAAGACCGAGGCUCCCUUCACCGUGGCUGAGGACCUCAAGCCCAUGCUGUAAAUGCGACACGCGGACAGCAACCCCCAACCCACCGAAUAAAAAAGAGUCAAUUAAAUUGGAGAUACCACGUUAGCAAACCGGAUGGGCCGAGGAUGGGCCUCUUUCCAUGAGUUUUGCAGAGGAGGAUGAGGCUUGCGGCCAGAGUAUAAAAAGGAGGCUUAAGCCAUGGCAUCAGAGGAGGCGUUUUGCAUGGCGCGCGGCGUCGCGAGUUCCCGCUGUACGCAGCCAUUAGACGAGGCAUAACUCUACCACGGCAUCGGAGGCUCCGUUGGACGCGACAGCCGCCAGAUGUAUUUUGAAUGAGAAAUGUAGCUAUGAAAGAACAAAGCAGUUCAAUUUGCG